UCGACUGUAGAGCCUUGCUUAUCCGGGGAUAUCGCUACUGCUGCUGUUUCUGCUCAGUCUCUAGCUCUCCCCCCUUUUCAGCGGAUUGACACAACAGGGCAGGAAUUAGGAGAAGAAAAACAAGGGGAAAUAUGGCAGAUCUUGGAGCGGGGAGCCUGCUGCCAGGGGAUUCUGCCUCCAACGAUCAAGAGCAAGAGCUGAACGAGCGUCUGAAGCGGCUGUACCCGGCCGUCAACGAGGAAGAGACCCCGUUACCCCGGUCCUGGAGCCCCAAGGAUAAGUACAGCUACAUCGGGCUCUCGCAGAACAAUCUGCGGGUGCAUUACAAAGGCCACGGAAAGAACCACAAAGAUGCAGCGUCUGUGAGAGCUACCCAUCCGAUCCCCGCGGCAUGCGGCAUCUACUACUUUGAAGUGAAGAUCGUUAGUAAAGGCAGGGAUGGGUACAUGGGGAUUGGACUGUCCGCCCAGGGGGUCAACAUGAACAGACUACCGGGGUGGGACAAGCACUCCUACGGUUAUCACGGUGACGACGGACACUCCUUUUGCUCCUCAGGGACCGGCCAACCUUACGGCCCGACCUUUACAACGGGCGACGUGAUUGGCUGCUGUGUGAACCUCAUCAACAACACAUGCUUCUACACCAAGAACGGACACAGUUUAGGUGUGGCAUUCACAGACCUCCCACCAAACCUGUAUCCAACAGUAGGGCUACAGACUCCCGGAGAAAUCGUGGACGCUAAUUUCGGCCAGCAGCCAUUUGUGUUCGACAUAGAGGACUAUAUGAGUGAAUGGAGGGCGAAGAUCCACGGCAUGAUCGCCCGCUUCCCCAUCGGAGAGAGACUGGGCGAGUGGCAGACAGUGCUGCAGAAUAUGGUGUCUAGCUACCUGGUGCAUCAUGGCUACUGCGCUACUGCUAUGGCCUUUGCCCGAGCCACAGAGACCAUGAUCCAAGAGGACCAGACCUCCAUAAAGAACAGACAGAGAAUACAGAAGCUGGUCUUGGCGGGUCGUGUUGGAGAGGCCAUUGAAGCAACACAGCAGCUGUACCCCGGGCUCCUAGAAUGCAACCCUAAUUUACUCUUCAUGUUGAAGUGUCGGCAGUUUGUGGAGAUGGUGAAUGGUACAGACAGUGAGGUACGAUGCUUUAGUGUCCGUUCCAAAACCCAAGACAGUUACCCCGGCUCCCCAAGCCUAAGUCCCCGACACGGAGCUACCAACCCCCACCUGCACAGUACAGGUGCAGACAGUCCUACGUGCAGUAACGGGGUGACCCCUUCUACCAAAAACAAGAGCCACGGCAAAUAUCCUGGAGCAAGCUCCGCCUCUUCCUCUCCUUCAUCCUCCCCUUCCUCAGUCAACUACUCUGAAUCCAACUCCACCGACUCCACCAAGUCCCAGCCACACAGCGCCACCAGCAACCAGGAGACCAGUGACAGUGAGAUGGAGAUAGAAGCAGAGCACUACAGUAAUGGUGUGACGGAGAACUCCUCCACCCGCAUCAUGAACGGAACAUACAAACACCAGGAGAUCCUGCAAGGAGAUGACAGCAGUGUGGGCAAUGGAGUAGCAGAGGACAGCUGUGGCUCAAGGCAGCUGUGUGGGGGCAACCAGGCAGCCACAGAGCGGAUGAUCCAGUUCGGCCGUGAGCUGCAGACCCUCAACGAGCAGCUUUCACGCCAGUAUGGCAAGAAUGCCACGCACAAGAAGAUGCUACAGGAUGCAUUCAGUCUGCUGGCAUAUUCAGAUCCAUGGAACUGCCCAGUGGGCCAGCAGCUGGACCCCACGCAGAGAGAGGCCAUCUGCUCUGCCCUCAACAGCGCCAUAUUGGAGUCUCAGAACCUGCCCAAGCAGCCUCCACUCAUGCUGGCGCUGGGCCAGGCCACCGAGUGUGUGCAGCUCAUGGCCCGAGUGCGCUCCGGCUCCUGUUCCUUCGCCAGAGUCGACAACUUUUUGCACUAGCCCAAGUCCAGACAAUGUUCGGGACAGCUAAGAAGAGGACUUUCCAGUUGGUUGCCAUGAGGAACACGCUCGUUUGAAUUGGUGUGUCGCUUGCCGCUUGCCACAGGCAGUCCGGAUGAGGAAUGACUAGAAACAUAAGGAGGAGAGAGAGAGAGAGAGAGAGAGGCUUAUUUUUAAUUUAGUAUUAUCAAAUACAAAUGUGUGACACUAUUUAAAGAUAAUUAAUUAUUAUUCCGUUUAUCUAGUCAUUUUUAUUUUAGUUUCUAUUUUGUCAGUUUGUUGUGCUCAUCUUGAACCAGAUUUCCCUUUUUGUUUUUAUGGGUGGAUUCAAUGCAUAGUAUUCUAAACACACACCAUAUCGACAGACAUCCACAGUAGUAAACUCUUCUUCAAAGAGCGAGAAGUCUCCCUUAUUCAGAACUCAGGUAUUUGACACGUGUCAUUUUAGCAUGAGACACUGCAGAAUGAGGAACUGCUUUUAGCUAGCAAUACUGCGGCUACUUAUUAAGGCCUCGUUCACUUUUACUGGCUACUGUACCGCUUAACUACAGUUUUAGGCGUUAGGCAGAUACUUUAAUAUUGUAUUAGAGGGAGCUCAGUUUGAUCCCUUUACCCGUUUGCUUUUCUUUCUUUUUUUCAGAUUUAGAACUGAAAGUGUGCGGGAGAUAAGCGAGAAGGUGCAUUGAUUGCUUCAGUGUGUCUCACUUUGAAGCUUGUAGUUAAAGCUCAGGCACCAGCACCAGUUUAUUAGAUUCAGAACACACAGUUGCAUCCAAGUCCAGCUGGAACCAAGUCUAUUUUUACAAACUCUCUCCAAAAAGACUUCUAUUUUAACUCUGAUCUUUCUAGGGUACAGUAUAGAUAUAAUGUAACCCCCCUGCUUUUAUUUUAUUUAAUUUUCUUGGUUCAGAAUAUCAGAAUUGAGCUGUGGGUGUCUAAUUUUGUGUGGCUGUAAUGAAUAAAAACCGUCAAGUUUUGGUUAAAGGAAACCAAGGUUAGCAGUUUCAUUCAUUUCUGACUUCAUCAUUCAGGCUUAGAAGCUGACUUCCUUCACUAAUUCAUAUGUUUUGUUUUUUUGUGUUCACUUGUAUAGCGUUUAUGGCAAGGUUUCCCCAUUAAUGAUUGAUGAAUACUGACAACAUCUAUGUUGAUAUUGUUUUAAGUUGUUUAAGACACAGUCAUUACAUUAUGGAUUGGCGAGUCUGAAUUUGCCCCUUGUUGCAUGUGAGAUGAUAAUUAGACUGCAAAAAAAAAGAAAGCGAUCAAAAGCUCUUAUAUUUGGCAAGAUAUUUGGCAACAUUUUGAUCCUUGUGGUUUCUUGUCUAUAUCUUUGCCCACAUUGUCCCUUUACAUCUUUUCAUCAGUUUUGGCUUCUUUUUUUUCUUCCAGUUAUUUGUACUCCAUCUUCGUUCUUCUUGCAGAUUCCCUUUUUUAUUGCCCCUUUUUCCAUCAUAAGCUGCGCCAUUGUCACUUUGACUCUACACUCAGCACUGACUCAGUCACUGUAGGAUAUGUGGCUAAGGCCUGAUUCUUCCUCUCCUCUUGCUCUUUUAGGGGUUGCUCUCCAGUUGGAUCAGUGUCAUAAUCUCUCUUAUUUUUUCUAGGAUACUCUCUCAUUUCAGUGCGUCCUCGGCCUGUGUUUGUGGGGCGGGGCAUAUAUCUCACAUCCAUGUGUUUAACCCAGUAUUUUGCCCAGUCAGCCAGCGAGUGGUGCUCCACUGUGUUGUUGAAUGUAGCGUAGCCGUUUACUCCGCUUAUUACUCAAGUUUCGCUGCUGGCCACCAUGAGAUUGUUUGUUACAUCCCUGGUUUUUGCACCUACUUUUGGACAUAUUGCAUUGUAUAUUUCAGUUAUACCUCACUCACAUUGCGAACAACCCAGUCUAGCUUGUUCGUGUUGCAGGAAGCAGUAGUAAAUAGGGACGCAAGUAGAGGCUGUGCAGUAGCUGAACCGGGAUGACUUGUUUACCAGGCCAGGCUUGGGGUCCUGGGCUGUUGGAGGGAAUGGUCUAGAAGGUUAUGUACAAACUUCUCAAGGUAAUAUAUCAUCUUUACAAUCAACAGGAGCUAAAAGGCAAAAAACGCAAAAAGGCAAUCUGUUCAGGAAAAAAAAACAGAGUAAAAGUACACUUCUGACCACAUGGUUCUGGCAACAUCUAUGGCUACUGCUUGGCUACUGCUUUGUACACACUCUUAUACCCAGUAAUCCAUGUUCAAGUCGAGAUAUGUUUAAUCAUUUCUUAUUCUGGUAGAUGAAUCGAUGAAGAUAACUGAGUGGUGUUACCCUGUUGCAUGGAGACAUCAUGUGUAACUCUUAAAAGAGCCAUAAUCGUUUAAUAUCGACACACAAUGCCAGCUCGAACUGAAAGCUCGUACUGUUACUGAUUUGUAAGUAGUAGGAGCUUGUUUUAGGAUUGUUUUUUAAUGGCAAAAGAAAAAAAAAAACAGUGUCAUGUUUUUGGGAAUCAGCAAAGGCUAAUCACCCACAAACUGAAAAUUGCCAUUGGAAAGUAAUCCAUCAUCACAGAACAGAAUCUUGAAUAGGGACCUACAGUAUACAAUGAAGGGAAGAAAUUAGCUGAAAGUCCUCCCAGGACACAUUUGUCCCUCUUCGCUUGUCCACGCAGUGCCAUUUUGUGCCUCGGAUGACGGAAGCAGGACAAAUAGAGCUAAAGCUGAAUACAACAAGCUGUGCACAAUUUAAUUAUUUUAUGUUUUCAAAUUUUAUUUGAGUUUUGAUUUUAGCCAUUGUGAAAUGAUUUACCCUCUACUUAGCAUGAACCUUUUAAAAACCUUUAAAACAACAUAAAAAAAGAAAAUGAUAAUGGAGAAAAAAAACAAAACAAAAAACUAUGUACUGGAAACAUGUUAAAGAAAUAUUGUACUCGUUUAAUUUUGACAGAAUUAUUUUUAUUAAAAUACACAUCCAUGAGCAUA